AUCUGAAUUGUCCCUGAUGCAUUCACGCAUGAAUGGGGAGGUGAAACAUUCACAAUCUUCUCAGGAGAAAGACGUGUAUCAGCUGGAGGUAAAUCUCAGAGUAAAGGAAUCGGAGAUUAAGUGUCUAAAACAGGAGAUCAACUCACUUAAACUGGAACUGCAGGCGGGAAAUAUGUAUUUUAAAGAACUAAACUCUGAGCUGGUUGCUUCAGAAGUCAAAACUCAAAGUGACUUAAAUAAACUAAGGAUGGCGCCAGCAAGACAACACAGUUUAAAAUACGAUCUGAUGAAAUCCAGGAGCAACCCAGACUUCCCAAAGGACCAUGCUACUCUUACGCAGACCGUCAGAUCCAAGAGUCUUAAGAUGGACUCACAGUUCAGGAGAGGAUGA